AUGCGCGUGUUGCAUGCCUCAAGUAUGUUGGUUAUCAUGUCUGCAGUCAUUCAUAUCGACGGCAACGUUGGCUCGACGGGAACUCCUGCCCAGACUGGUGAAACUGAUAAUCAAUCCGCGACAGAGAUAGCCCACCACCACUUGCGAAACCCAAGUAAAUAUGUGGAGAUAUCAGAGGAGAGGAAAAAUGAUAAAUUAACGAGAAAAAUGUUGGCGAAGAAGGCUCAAAGAAUAGCCGAGACAUCUGCCGAGAUAGAGAAGAUCACCAGCGUGCUUGAUAGCCCAGCUAAAGAUCAGUGGAAAAUUGCGUUGAAUAAUGAGCUUCGACUUAAUUAUGACGCAGAAAUUGAAGCUUUAUAUAAAAGCGCUUUAAUCCGAUCGUUGAGGAAGGUUGCCGAAUUAAUCGACAAAGGUGAAAGUAAUAAAUAUGUCCAAAAUGUAUUCCAAGCGAUGUCCAAAAUCGAUAUCGCCAGUAUCUCAUCACUCGAGCUGGAUACAGAAAUGGUGCAGAAGAUUUCAAAUGCCCAAGCACAAUACUCUCUCGCUUACGAACUCGCAGAGCUUUUAGGCUAA